ACCAGAAUUUUUGUUAUUUGUUAUCCUUUUUUUGUUUUGUGGAAAACGUACUGUGUUCAAUAUGUACGCGACCGACAAAAAGUUGAACAAUAUAAGUACAACACACAAACAAAAAUUAUAACGAAGGAGUGACACGAAGAAGUGGUUACGUAAAAAUGGCAUCAAAAAAGGAUCAAGUAUACAGUAUACUUAUUAUAGCACUGACUUUGGCAAUUCCAAUUGCUGUGAUCUGCGUUUCUGUUAGUCAAAGUCGAUAUUGUCCGGAAACAAAAAAUAGUGCUAUGGUAGCAAUUGGAGUGGCAGGAAUUACACUAUUUGUUAUCAUCUUAACUCUGAUAAAAACAAGAGGAUCUGUUCGCGAAACAAAGUGGUUUCCCCUCUUCCUCAACAUAUUUUUAUUAUGUUGGAUAUUAGCCCGAUCUUAUUGGAUGAUCAAAGAAGACUACAGCUCGAGCAUUUGUUUCCAGACCUCUUAUUACUAUUUUAUUUAUGUGCUGUUGAUUUUGUUUUGGAUAACCUUUCCUUGCACAGCGUCGUUAGAUCAAGAACACAAGUCUGCUAAACAUUUGAAUGAUGAGGACGAUGAGAAAUUACUUCUGGCAUGAUCAUGUUGCUGUAUGUCGUAUGGGUCACGUGACUCGCUUUAGUCUAGUUGAUUUAUAUACACAGCAUGGCUAAUAUUUAGGAGAAUAGAUAGAUAAACACGUAUUUUAUUGAUGCAUCAACAUGGACAUCAAAUUAGUAGUCUUUCCUGCGCCUUUAAUUAGGAGGAAGUCCCUUUGAUCAUAUUUUCACCAAUAAAGCCUAGGACGAGCGAUACAAGCGCAAUGGCUCCUUCUGUUUAUCUAUCCUACUAUCUAAUACGCAUCACUUGGACCAGUUCGCCUGAUGUAAACCCUUCUUUUAGUGAAUGUAAUUUUGAAAUUAACGGUUAUUGAUUGAUGGCCUAAGGUCCUGUAUAUUUAUCGUUUAUUUAUUUAGUUGUUUGUUGUAAAUAAAUUAAAAAUAAACUAAA